GCGCCUCACGACUUUCACAUUGCCAGUAUCCAUGCUUCCCUACAACGAGGCCAUUUUUACUUCCGCCCUUUAACUACUUCAAUCUCUCUUCAAUCUUUUGGACUAUGCACAAUGGACGACGGUCCAGCGUAUACAUUGUGCAGCACCAGCAAGAGUGUCACGAACGCCGUCAGUGUACUAUCUCAUUCGCCCUAUUUGAUCUUGGAUUGUGAGGGGAAGAACAUAGGGCGCAUCGGUGGUGUUCUCUCGCUGCUGUGCAUCGGGACCGCAAGAGCGCAGCAUAUCUUUAUUUUCGACGCCCUCGCCCUAAAUCAAGAUGAUCCUGCCGUGCAGUCAUUGCUAUGGCUCUUAAGCAGUCCAUAUGUGACCAAGGUCAUGUGGGACGGCCGUCAGGAUUUUCUGGAGAUAUGGGACAAGUACGGUAUAACCUUAGGGAAGAUACUUGACCUGCAGUUAGUUGAAGUUGUGUCCCGUAAGACGGUGCGCCAUGAAGAUGAGAACAAACGCGUGGCUCGUAUUGCUGGACGUUGCCUGCCGUGGAAAGUCGUCAAAUCAAACAGAGAACUGUGUCAAAACAUUCAUGUCGUCCUUGGUAUGCAGGGAUGCUUCCAGGAGAACAAGUUACCUUUCACGGGGAAAGAUCCCGAGGUUGUAGCCAUGCAUAAGGCUAACGGCUCAGGUUUAUGGCUCGAUCGUCCACUUUCUGCAAAGUUACUACGAUAUGCAGCCAACGAUAUCCGUAUGAUAGCAAUGCUAUACGUGAAUUUCUCGCAGAAAGGAUGGAUUACCCGUGAUACUGUAUUCGUUUUACAGGACCAUAGCAUGCGCUACGCGAUCUCGCAAUGGCAUCAAGGAAGAACCGACGAUAAGAACGUCUUUCGCUCGUGCGCGAUCCUCCCGCUCGAUAUUUUGACGGAGCCGCAUGGAGUAUUGGAGAAAUGUGUAGGGUGCAAGAGGAUGUUGUCUCUGGAUUGCUUCCUAACGAGAAAGGAGCGCAAGAUUGUGACGCUGCGAAUGAGCGUAUGCCGGGCAUGUCAGGUCAUGGCCAUGAUGCGCAAGGUAUCCUUUUUCCACGCGUGGUUCAAGUUGGGACUUGGACCCAACCUCUCGCUGUCACCUUCGCCUUCUCUUGCUUAGAGGGUGUUCGAUUUUAUGCAAACCAUGCAGCUAACUAUUUCGUCAGAUCUUUUUUAUUUCAUUUGAGCUAGUUAUGUCUUAUGCUUACCAGUAUGACCCGUAUGAUAUGGUCAUGUUUCUUUGCCUCUCUCUCUCUCUCUCUCUCU